AUGGCAACGCUGUCGCAGCAGCAACAAGUGCCGCCGUCGUCGCCGGGUGGGAUGCUGAAGGGCCUCGCGUCAACCUCGUCGCUGGCCUCGAUCAGCUCCGCAGCCCCAGCCCCAGCCCCAGCCUCGGCCUCUGCAACGGCCUCUGCAACGGCAACUGCGUCGGCCUCGUCCCCACUGGCAGCAGCAGAGUCUGCGCUCGUGCUGGGCGCCUGGCACCGUCCCGCCGCCCCGCCGUCUGCCCUCGGCUCCGCUUCCGAGUCCGCCGUCUUCCUCCUGCAGAGCCCAGCCGGCACGCUCCUCCUGCCGUGGAAGCGAACAAUGCUGAAGCACCUCGUCGAGCGCAACGGCGCGCAGUGCGACAGUUUCGCCUCGCUCAUCGACCACCACAUCAAGCAGAUGGACGUGCUGGACGAGCACCAAGCGAAAAUGACAUCGGCAACGCGAGAACUAGCGUCGCUGCAGCAGGAAAACAGAGAGCUCAAGCACCAGCUGGCCAUGUCAAAAGACCACAGCGAAAUGUCGAGCGCGCUCGCGGUGCGCGACAAGGUGUCGGCGUUGGAAGAAAAGCUCCAGCGAACGCAGGAAGAGCUGACGGAAUCGUACAAGCUGAAGGGCCAAAACGCCCAAAUGUUGCUGGAUCUCUCGCAGCAAAUCAAAGUCAAGGACGAAGAGCUCCGACAGCGCCAAACAGAGCACAAGGAGCUGCUAGCUCGCAUUGCUACGAGCGAGAAGGCGUGCGAGGACGUUACGGCGCGGUUUAACGAGUCGAUGGUCGCCAUUCAAAUCCUCCAAGACGAGCUCCAAGCCCUGCAGCUUGAGCUCUUGAAAGUCGAAGAGCGCAACAAGAUUCUCGAGGUCGAAAACACGAGUUUGGUCGAGCGCUGGCUGCGCAAGAUGAACGAAGAAGCGCUCAAGAUGAACGAAGCCAACAUGUUCUACGAAUCUGUCGUUGACAUGAAGAAGCGCGAGGCUCUCAUGGAUGCGGCGCAAGACAAGCUCUCGUUGAUUCGCCAGGCUGAUUAG